AUGCAYCCUGGGAUAAAGAAGGUUUCAUCGCUGUCGAGCGAUUAGUCCUUGAAAGUGAGCUGAGUUGUAUAUCACUUACAAUUUAUCGAACAGCCUUAAAUAGGUUUUUGUUGGCAAUAACAUUGUCAGCAAACCUUUAUCGGUUUUGGGUCCAUAAAGAAAAUGGGAACUGAUAAAAGGAUCAGUCGGACCGAACGCAGUGGUAGAUAUGGAUCUGAGCAGGCCCGUGAUGAGUCGGACUGGCGAGACAGACGCGAUCGGGACCAAGAGCGGGAGCACGGCAGCCGACGCUGGAGUGAUGAGAGGCGUGAUCGUUAUGAAGGAGAUCGCAGAAGCUCUCGAGACAGUCCAGAGCAGAGAGAGAGGAAAAGGAGGAACAGUGACAGAUCAGAAGAUGGUUAUCACUCAGAUGGAGACUAUGGAGACCAUGAUUAUAGAAGGGAUCCAGGGAAUGAUAAGAAGAGUAAGACCAUCAUGCUUGGGGGUUUAUCUCCUCAAACUUCUGAGGAAGAUAUUCGUUUCGUCAUCGAUCAACUAGAGGGACCCCAGCCAGCAGAUGUCAGACUGAUGAAAAAGAGAACAGGUAUAAGCCGUGGUUUCGCCUUCGUGGACUUUUAUCACUUGCAAGAUGCUACCAGAUGGAUGGAGACCAAUCAGAAGCGUCUGGUCAUCCAAGGCAAACUCGUGGACAUGCACUACAGUCAUCCUAGAAACAAGUAUGAAGACUGGCUCUGCAACACCUGUGGCCUGUACAAUUUCCGGAGGCGGCUGAAGUGCUUCAGGUGUGGAGCAGCCAAAACUGAAGGUGAAACAAGCAAUAAUGCUGGGGUCUCUGAAACGCAGCCUAAUGUAGACUUUUAUGGUGACACAAUCAUCUUGAGAAAUAUCGCCCCUCAGACCACAGUGGAAGCCAUAUUGUCAGUCCUGGCACCAUAUGCUAAUUUGUCAUCAAACAACAUUCGUCUCAUUAAGGACAAGCAAACAGGCCAAAACAGAGGUUUUGCUUUUGUGCAGCUGUCCUCCCCUCUGGAGGCUUCUCAGUUGCUAACCAUCUUACAAGGAUUGCAGCCUCCCUUGAAACUAGAUGGGAAAACCAUUGGGGUGGAUUAUGCUAAGAGUGCUAGAAAGGACCUCUUGCUACCUGAUGGAAAUCGUGUUAGCGCCUUUUCCGUAGCCAGCACAGCCAUUGCUGCAGCCCAGUGGUCGUCAGCUCAGCCCCAGCAGAGCUCGGAUGGAAUGUCAGAGUAUGCCUACCUCCAAGAAGGCUACACUCAACUCUCACAGGAUUACCAGACAUACUACCAAGGAGCUGGAGCCAACACUUCCCAGGGAAAUGGACUCCUUGGAGCUGCCCCAGGGUUGAAGAUUGUUCCAGCUGCAGUUGGAGUUGUAAUUUCACAGAAUGCACAGGUUUACCAACCUCAUAUAAUUGCUCAGCCUGCUGUGCAGGCAUUGCUACUUGCCCAACAGCUGGAGGCAAAACCCCAGACGGGUCAUCUUCCAGCUGCUGAAGCUGUGUCUGUGCCAGCUGUUGCUGUCGCUGCUGCGCCUGUUAGUGCAGCUGCUACGUUAUCAAACUCUGGACAGACGGGGGACACCAGCACAGCUGUUCCUGAUACUUCCACCUACCAAUAUGAUGAGUCUUCUGGCUAUUACUACGACCCUCAAUCUGGUCUCUACUAUGACCCAAAUUCACAUUAUUAUUAUAAUUCUCAGACCCAGCAGUAUCUGUACUGGGACGACGAGAAGCAGACAUACGUACCUGCCCCUGCCAACACAGAUGUUGGGCAAAAUGAUAAAUCAACAAAUGGCUCAGCAGCAGGCAACAAGGAGCCUAAAGAAGGCAAAGAGAAAAAAGAGAAGCCCAAAAGCAAGACCGCACAACAGAUCGCUAAAGACAUGGAGCGAUGGGCUAAAAGUCUCAACAAACAGAAAGAGAACUUCAAGAGUAGCUUUCAGCCUAUUAGCCAAGAAGAGAAGAAAGAGGCAGCAGCUGCUGAUGCUGGAUACACGCUGUUUGAAAAGAAGCAGGCAGGUCUAGACAGACUCGUACAGGAAGCAUCGAGGAGUGCUGAAGAAGAAGCACCYAUGAGCUCAGUCUCAACUUCAAAGUGUGUUCUUGUGGCAGCCUACAGUGGAGACAGUGACCCUGAAGAAGGAGCAGCAGAACUUGACAGUGCUGAUGGAAUCCAGGACCGGCUGACAGAUUGGAAAAAGUUGGCUUGCCUGCUUUGUAGGAGGCAAUUUCCAAAUAAAGAGGGUUUGMUUAGACAUCAGCAGCUGUCUGACCUCCACAAGAAAAACCUGGAAGUAAUGCGGAGAUCUAAAAUGAGUGAAGCAGAGCUGGAAGAACUGGAAAGAAAAGAGUCUGAGCUGAAAUACAGGGACAGAGCAGCUGAGAGGAGAGAAAAAUAUGGGAUCCCAGAACCUCCAGCACCUAAAAAGAAGAAAUUCAACCAACCAGCACAAGUUGUUAACUAUGAACAGCCCACUAAAGACGGCCUCAACAGUGAUAAUAUUGGGAACAAAAUGCUGCAGGCCAUGGGUUGGAAGGAGGGGAAAGGUCUUGGUCGUAACCAGCAGGGCAUCACUGCUCCUAUCGAGGCACAGUUGAGGACUAAAGGAGCUGGACUCGGUACUAAAGGCACCAACUACACCCUCUCCCCAUCGGACACGUAUAAAGAUGCAGUUAGAAAAGCCAUGUUUGCUCGUUUCACUGAACUGGAAUGAGUCCUCCAUUUCCAGACUAGACUGUUUGUUUUGAUGAGUUGUCUUCUGGUUGAGAUGCAACUUGUUUGCAUCACCGAAAGAAAAAGAGAGACUUAUCUUCGAUAUUUUUUGUCCAUGUAUGAUUCAUGAAGGUCUGUUCUGUAAAUUUAAUUUAUAAAUUGUACAUAUGCAUAAUAGGUUAUCUUUCCUUAGUUUUGUUUUUUCAUUUAUAUGAGAUCAAGUUUUGUUUCAGCAUGUGAAGGUUGUACAGUUUAUACAAAAAUUGUGUAAUUGUAAAGAAAAUAAAAAAUGAGACAUGGUUUGUAACAGUC